AUGUUCACAAAAGCAAACACCGUUUUAAAACUGUUAAAAAACACCCGCAGCUUUUCCCAAAAAGUAGCCCAACCGUUGAGGAGCAAAAAGCCCAAAUCAUCAGCAACUCCGGUUCAAGACUUUUUAGACCUCAAGCAAGUCCGGGUGGUCGGAGGGAAAGGUGGGGACGGUUGCAUUUCGUUUCUGUCGCUUUGGGCGAACGAAUUCGCAGGCCCCGAUGGGGGCGAUGGGGGAAACGGAGGACACGUUAUAUUAAAAGCGACUCAAGACAUCAAAGAUUUGCACGCAGUUUCUACUGUGAUUAGAGCAGAGAACGGAGAGAACGGUCGUAAUAAAGACUGCCAUGGGAAAAACGCGGAGCACAUGGUUAUAAACGUACCUAUAGGAACGAUCAUUAAAGAUUCCGAUGGUAAAGUAAUAGGGGAUUUAUCGAGACAGGGGUUGAUGUUUGUGGCUGCUAGAGGGGGAGCUGGCGGGAAAGGCAACAAGUUCUUCAUUUCGGACACCCAACAGAGCCCGGAAAUUUCUGAAUACGGAGCUAACGGGGAGGAAUUGGAAUACACCAUUGAAAUUAAAAGUAUGGCGCACAUUGGAUUGAUUGGUUUUCCCAAUGCUGGUAAAAGCACACUUUUAAGAGCAGUUUCUCGAGCUAGACCUAAAGUAGCACCAUAUCCCUUUACCACCUUAAAACCGCAUUUAGGAAUCGUACAGUACGAUGAUUAUGAACAAGUAGCAGUUGCUGAUCUUCCGGGACUCAUACCAGACUCUCACAAAAACAAAGGCCUAGGAAUUCAAUUUUUAAAACACGCUGAAAGAUGCAUGGCCUUAAUAUAUCUACUAGACAUGUCCCAAACGGAGCCCUGGCGGCAUCUCGAAACCCUGCAGUUCGAGCUGUCGCAAUUCAGUGAAGAUUUUAGGCAAAAACCUCAAAUAGUAGUGGCCAAUAAGAUGGACUUGCCAGAAGCAAAAGAAAAUUUAGAGUUGCUCAAACAGAAUACUACUUUACCUGUGAUACCCAUUAGCGCUAAAUUAGGAGAUAAUAUAUCUCAACUUUUAACGGAAAUCAAGAUUAUUUAUGAUAAAAAUGAGAAAAAUGUAGAAUAG